AUGCCUCCGCAAACUGUCUCUGGCUCCAUUAACUCGGCAUGGCGUUCCUUCUGGCAUACCAUGACCUCCAAUGAUCGCCAUGCGUCCCACGAUUCUCCUUAUCGGACCGGCCAGCACGUCCCCCUCAAUUCAAGCCGUCAUGAUACACUCACUUCCGUAGCUACUGCAGCAGACUCUCGUCCCGAUCUCUCCUCGCCUUUUGAGGAAGAAGAAAUCACCAAGACAAACUCUAAUGGCUGGACUGGUUCCCCAAGAGGCAUAGGCUCCCCUAAUCGUCCAUAUUCACCGGGCAUGCGAUCACUUGUGUCGCAAUCUAGAAGAUCGAGCGAUCAGGCUGGCAAUGCCGAUGGCUCUGGCUUGGGCGAAAUACAGAUGCAAAGUUUCCACGACGGCGCCCCUCCACCACCGCCAGUCACUCAUUCCUGGAAGAAGAUCGAUCGCUGGGCCGAGGACAACUACCCGGAGCUAUUCGAUCAAUUGGGCGAAGGCUGUACGCAAAAUGAUGUCAACGAGCUGGAGCACGAAUUAGAUAUCAGCUUACCUCUCGAGGUUCGUGAGUCGCUGAUGGUCCAUGAUGGUCAAGAGCGCGGUGGACAACCGACAGGAAUUAUGUUUGGCUGUAUGCUGCUAGACUGCGAGGAAAUUGUUCAUGAGUGGAGGAAUUGGCGAACCGUUGCAGAAGAAUACUUUUCAAGCUCGACCAUCGUUCCACCUCAGGUUCCGUCUAAGGCAUUUGGUGCUUCUUCGUCUUCGGCCGGUCCCUCUCAACAACAUCAAGCCUCGAACCCGCUAUGGAGGCAGGAGCUUAUAGAUCGUCAAGACUCGCAACCUCCUCGUGCUAUUCAGAAGACUUAUGCGCAUCCCGGUUGGAUCCCUCUUGCGCGUGAUUGGGGCGGCAACUGUAUCGCUGUCGAUCUUGCUCCUGGUCCAGCAGGUAAAUGGGGUCAAGUUAUCAUUUUCGGGCGUGACUACGAUUGCAAAUAUGUGGUUGCUCGGUCAUGGGCAGCAUUCCUCGCCCAAGUUGCGGAUGAUUUCGCCAGCCCGUUCGUCUUGGUAGAUGAAGAGACCGGUGAGCUCAAGUUGAAGCCAUUCAGAAAACAGAACGUGGAACCGCCCUAUUUGGAGAUUCUCCGCUGGAGAGUAGAUCAGAAAUAUGGACGCCGACCGCGCCGGAGGUCUACAAACGGCCUGGGAUUGAAUACGAAUGUCGACAAGUCACGAAACUCUCCUUACGGCAGUCCCGCACCGAGUGAAGAACGUGGACGAUCCCCUCAUCGUUUCAGCAAUCGUGUGCAGACACAGAGCCCUAAAACGCAGUUCGGUGUCUCGAGUCCUCUUGCGCGAGUGACCGAAGAGGCGUCGAGCCCGGUUACUUCUAACGACCGUGCCCAAGAUUUUCCUUCCAAAGAGGCACCAAUCAAGGAAUCUCCUGGAGAAGACCUUCUAGAGAUGGCCACUCCGGUGGUACAGAGUGAUCCUAUAAAGGAGAUUUCCGGGCCUUUGAAGGACAUUUCUGUCAAUGAAAAGACAUCGAAACAUACUUCAUCUUCAGAGGCAACUUCUCUUGAUCUGGACUCAGAGAAUCUGGGUGAGAUGAAAACGGUAGCGAUCUAA